AUGAGCGCUCCGCAGCAAAAGGAUGUGUGAGCAGGCAGCGCGCUACUGUAGGGACGGAGUCCACAAACUGCUUAACAAAGAACAAGCCAAACUUCGAGCCCAAGAAAGCCGCGAGCAGCCGAAACCCGUAGCCGGUCAGGACAGCGAGUCCGCGACGGCAGCACAGUCCGGAAACAGCGGCGCCCAGCCCGGUGGAAUCGACGGGCUCGUCCGCUGGAUCGUCACCAAAAUGAGCGACAACAAGAACAUCUCCAGCCGGGAGUACGCCUCCAGCAAGGAGGAGGUGGCCGUGGCUCAAGAGCAGUUCUUCGCCCCGGAGCCGCGGAGAGGCAUCUCCGUUAUUCUGGAUAUAUUCAGAAGAGCUGACAAAGAUGAUGAUGGUAAGCUGUCUCUGGAUGAGUUCCAGGCUUUCUUCUCCGAUGGCACGCUGAACGAGGAAGAGCUGGAGAAGCUGUUUCACACCAUCGACUCUGAUAACACCAGUAAUGUUGACACUAAGGAACUCUGUGACUACUUUGCCAAACACAUGGGGGACUAUGAGGGAGUUCUGGCCUCGUUGGAGACGCUCAACCUUUCCAUCCUCAAAGCCAUGGACUUCACCAAGAAGGUUUAUGAGAGAGGAACCAAUGUGGAGCAGUUUGUGACCCGUUUCCUGCUGAAGGAAUCAGCCAAUCAGAUCCAGUCCCUCUUGAGCUCCGUGGAGAGUGCCGUGGACGCGAUUGACGAACAGCACAGCCAAUCAGGUCACUUACCCGCCAAGGUGAGUCCACGGGUGUCGGAGAGGCGCCCGGACAGCGCUGUCCCUGACUAUCCCCCUAACAACAGAGUCAGUGCCAGGGAGGCUGUCAGGACCAUCAACACUGCCUCAGGUGCAGUGGAGGUGAGGAAAGAAGGUCUGGAUGCUCAGAUCAACCGCCUGGCUGAACUAAUCGGACGACUGGAGAAUAAGACGGUCUGGUUUGAUCUGCACCAGAGGCUAACAGACACAGACGGCACCACCAGCGCAUCCUUGCUGCUGAUUCGUCAGGAGAUGGUGAUCUCCCAGAAGAAGCUUGGCGAGUUUUGUGAGGCUCUGAAGCAGUACCUGAAGAAUGUCUCCGCUCAGAGGGAUUGUUUUCAUGUGACUGCCGUGCGUCUGCCGGACGGUUUAUCCUUUGUCAUCUAUGAGUUCUGGGAUGGAGAGGAGGAGUGGAAGAGGCACCUCCAGUCGGCCCCCAACAAAGCCUUUCAGCAUGUGAAGGUGGAUACACUGUGCCAGCCGGAGGCCGUGUCCUCUGUAGCCGUGCCAGCCGCCUGGUGCAGUGUGAACAGGGAUUGAGCAUGAAGAUAUUCAACUACACGCCAAGACUCCCGGACACUCCCCACUUCCUCUUUAACUCCUUGCCACCCUUAAAACCUUCUCCCUUGCGUUUCUCCUGCUCUCACCUCCCUUACCCCCCCCAAUCCUUCAACCCUCACAUUCCUCAACUCUUUUUGUAGGUACAUGUUUACACAGUGCAAAUGAAUGGUGUCAACUGCAGUGAAUAUUGAACAAACAGUGCAUUUUACAACGUACGAUUACUAAAAUGCGUAUCUUACCAUGGUAGUUUGCUGGCUCAAGAUUUUUGAUUAUUUCAUGUUCUGGUCACCUCAUGAGGUAGCUUUGAGCCACUGUAGGGUGGAGUUUGUCAUGUAGCAAGGACCCUGGGGUUGAGUUUUUCAUGUAGCAGUUACUGUUUUUCAGUAGUGCAUUUGGGAAUGCAGCAUUUUUUUCACACACGUUAGGGUUGAAUUUACCACAGAUAUCAUCCAUGAAGCUGUCAUUUCAUAGUAGGUGCUCAUUUCACAUUUGCUCACAUAGACAGGAAAUUUGUGGAAAUAAUGUAGGACUUUUUUUGUAGCGGACCACAUGCUUUUGGCAUUAUUCUCACAUCAGCCAUUCUGAACUCACAUCAACAAACCCGGUAUCACGCCAAAGUGUUUAAUACACCCGCUGGCCCACCAUGUCAGUGUCAAAUUUUGCCCCUCCAAGUACACGUGUGUGCAUUAGGAGCGUUUUCUAAUAUUGCGCCUCUAUCAGCAUUAAUCGGCAGCACAACAUAAUUUGUCUGUGCUUUGUAAAACUGUUACAAAUCACUGUUAAAAAAUAAUUAUGUUUCAUGAUGUGACAAC